UUUAUGUUGCAGACUUUAAUUCUUGUGAAUUUCAUUUUUUAUAGACAUGUAUGAAUAAGUUUAUUUAUAAUCAAGUUACUCGGACAGAAUAAAGGUAUGAUGUGUAUUUAAAUUCGGUUAAUUAAAUACGAACUGACCUGUGAUAUUUAUAGGUCACUGACUGGAAUACAUGUUUGCAAUAUGAAGCCGCUGCCAAAUGCCUUACUAAGAAUAGCCAAGCAUUUGAACUACAAGCGAACAUUCCUGGCCAGAGAUUGCACACGUGUUGAUGUACCAUGUAUUCCUUAUGAAGCAUUUGAAUUUACAGGAACAAAGAUCAACCCAUGGUAUAUCCAAACACUUAUUGGGGCAGUGAGGUCUGUCAGUUUCUCCAAGUAUGCAGACGACAAAAUCCCGCCUCGCUCAACUCUAGAUUUUCACGAUAUCUUAGAAAACUACUUUAUAUUCAUCAUUGGUGUAACGAUGGAUAUCAAGAGACCGUUUCACGAUUUUGAAACACCAAAAGCCCCGCUUUAUGUUGUUGAGAAGUUGAAGUAUUUAGGUAAAACAUCAAAGACGUUGACCUAUGAUAUUCGUCAUGGUAACACUGACGAGUUAUACGUGUCUUGUGAUAUAACUGACGUCCUCGUGUCAACUAAAAGUCGUAAACCAACUGCCUACCCGGACUGGUGGCUUCAAAAGCAUGGUGAUCUUGUAACAGAAGAAAAGGCAAAGUUCGCGGAAGAGCCACUGCCAAAUAACGAACCUUUCUCUUCAGUGAUAAGUGUAAAAUCUAGUGAUAUCGAUACAUACCAACAUACAAACUGGGCGUCAUACCUGAAAUUCUGUUACGAAAGUUUCACGGACCAUACAUUAACAAAUUCUUACAAAAGAAUGAACAAAGCCCAUCUAAGUAAUGGAUUAAAAUCUUGUAGUAUGAUUUAUAAAAAUGAAACUAAUUUAGGGGAUACCCUUAACGUAAAGUCAUGGGAGUCUGAUGCAGAUGAUGAUAAAGUUAUCUUCAAUGUACUUAAAGAUGACAAAGUUUGUCUGUAUUGCAACAUGAAAUUCUUUAACACAUUUGAAUAGUUGUUAUUGCGUUCUCAGUUUUAAGAAAUCCAUAUUUCUAUUUUUAGAUCUCCAGCAUAUACACAUGUAACGGUCCGACCAUAGUUUGGCUCAGAUCAUUGUCGGAUGAACAUGUAAAUGUUAAUGGUUCGGCCGUUGUUUUCCGACGAUGGGCUCAGAUCUGCAUGUUAUGUAUAUUGCUAAAUGUAUAAAUUAAGAUUUACACGAAUUUCAUAUACAUGUAUAUCAAUAUAUUUUUAAAUGUCAUGGUACCAAAAUUUUCAUUAAAAAUGUGUAAUUAUAUUCAAAGGAUAUUGGUAUAUUAAAUAAUAGUUUUCUA